AGACGAAACCGUCACAUUUUGUUUGAACCUCCAAAGGCUCGGCCACUUUCUUUUCAACGAUGGCGGAAGAAACCAAGGAAGAGAUGCCGCAGGUGGAGACGGUCAGUGGCUCCUCGGAUGACGAUGAGGAGGAAGAGUCUACCAGCCGAGAAGUGCCCAUGGAAGAUGCUGGAGAAAAGCCGCCGCAGCGGCUCAUGAUUACCAAAAUGGAACUGGAGAAUUUCAAGAGCUACGCAGGUGUCAAGGAAAUAGGACCCUUCCACAAAUGCUUCAGCGCCGUAGUAGGACCCAACGGAUCGGGCAAAUCCAAUGUCAUUGACGCCAUGUUGUUUGUCUUUGGAAAACGCGCCAAAAAACUACGCCUCAACAAAGUCCGGGAAUUGAUUCACAAGAGCGAUGCCGUCAAGGACCCCACAUUCGCUCGAGUCUCGGUCUUUUUUCAAGAAAUUAUCGAUACCGGAGAUGGCGAUGAAGAUUAUGAAAUAGUGCCCGGCACUCAUCGGGUCGUUACGCGCAUUGCUCACAUCAACAAUAGCUCCACCUACAAAUUGGACGGCAAAAAGUGCCAAUUUGGGGACGUCGCAAAGUACUUGGGAUCCAAAGGCAUUGAUCUAGACAACAAUCGAUUCUUGAUUUUACAGGGAGAAGUCGAAAUGAUAUCCAUGAUGCCGCCCAUGGGAAAGAAUGAAGGUGACGAAGGAUUGUUGGAGUAUCUGGAGGACAUUAUUGGAUCGUCGCAGUACGUCGAUGAGACCAACUUGGCCGCCGAAAAGGUUGAACAGUUGACGGAACAACGACAAGAAAAACUCAAUCGAGUCAAAGCGGCAGAGAAAGAAAAGGAACAUUUGGAAGAUGCCAAAAAGGAAGCGGAAUCAUUGCUGCAAAAAGAUCGAGAGAUUCGACGCAAACGAAACGUAAUCUACCAAAUAUUCCUCAUGAAGGAAACCAAAGCCAUGGACAAGGCGGUGGCCGAAAAGGAAACCGUGGCGGCUCGCUUGCAAGAGGAAAAGGACAAGCAUGAUGAAACCGUCCAACGGGUCCAAGAGUUGGAAGGGGCACUCCACAAACAAACCAAAGUCUACAACAAAAUCAGGGAUGAACUCGAAAUCACCAAGGAGGAAUUCACAGCAUUUGAACGACGCGACAUUAAACUACGAGAAGAAAUCAAACACGCCAAGGAACAGCUCAAAAAGGCCAAGACCAAGGUCACUACGGCCACGAAGAAACAGGAGGAAGCCACGCGAAAGGGACAAGAGGCAGAGGAGAGCAUCCCGGAUCUGGAGCAAGAGUGUGCCGAGUUGACAGAUCAAAAGACAGUCCAAGACGAGAAACUAGACCAAAUCCAAGAGGAUGUCAAAGAAAUCACCAAAGAACUCCGGACCAAAUUGGAAGCCAAAACAAAAGAGUUGGCACCCGUCAAGCAAGAGCUCGGGACAUUCAAGGCAUCUUUGGACACGGCCCUUCACGAAGUCAAACUCUUGGAAGACUCCACCACUCGAGCAAAGGAGAGACUCGCUUCAUCGGAAGAAGAACUGGCAACACUCGAUGAAAAGGAACAGUCCAAGAAGGAUGACUUGACCAAGAGCGAGGAAUCUCUGGAGAAAGCUCGCACUCGUUUGAAGGAUGUGGAGAAGGAAAUGCAAGGGCUGGCCGACAGGGAGGCCUCCUUGGCGCAGCGAAGUCGUGAUUUGAUGGCACGUUCAGAAGAAGCCAAAGCAGCGCUUCAAUUUGGAGACAACGCCAAGUCACCGGCAUUGAAGGGCAUUCUCAAGGCUGCUAGAAAGGGAGGUGAGCUUGCCAAGGCUGGUGUCCUGGGACGCCUCGGCGACUUGUGCACGAUUCCUGCAAAGUAUGAUGUUGCCGUUUCGACGGCUGUGGGCUUUUUGGACCACAUUGUGGUGCAAACGACUGCAGGAGCACAGCGAUGCGUGGAAUACCUUCGGAAAUACAAACUCGGCCGCGCCAAUUUCAUCGCACUCGACAAAAUGAAAAAGGGGGCACAUGAUGUGCAAGUGCAAACUCCCGAGGAUGCGCCCAGGUUGUUUGAUCUCAUCGCGCCCGGGAACUUUGCUGUGGUACCCGCACUCUUCUUGGCCGUGCAAAACACUUUAGUCGCUCCAGAUCUGGAUGCCGGUAGUCGCUGGGCUUUUGAAUCCGGCAAAAGGUGGCGGGUAGUGACCCUUGAUGGGAAGCUCAUUGGAGCAGACGGGACCAUGGCUGGUGGUGGCAAUCGAGUGGCGAGGGGAAGGAUGAGACUCGCGAACGGUGGAAAGCAAGUCAACAUCAACCCCAUGGAUCAGGCAUCCGCCGAGGAGUGCAAGCGGCUAGAACAAGAAGCGGCACAAGCCCUCGAGCUAGUCCAGCAGUGUCGCAAACGAAUUGGGGAGCUCAGGGAAGAAUCGCGUACAUUGACCCGGUCAAUCAAAGCAUUGGAAGUGGCGGUGCCCAAGCUACGAAUGGAAGUCAACGGUUUUGAUACUUCUCGGAAAGAGCUUACAAAGCUAAUUCCGGAGCUGCGAACCAAGUGCGAGCUUUGUGACGACGACAAGGCGAAGCUCAAAGAGCUGCAGAAAAAAGUGGACAAGUGCAAAUCGGACAUGUCUUCCUGCGAGAAGCAGGCUUCCAAGCUGGAGGCGGAGGUUGCGAAAUUGCAGAAAAGCAUCUUGGACGCAGGUGGUAGCAAACUGAAAAAACAACAAUCGGCAUGCGACAAGAUUCUGAAUCAACUGAACGAUGCCGAAAAGGCAUUGAACGCGGCCAAAGUGGCCAUCACGACAAACAAGACUGCAGUCACCAAAGCAAAGAAGCAAAUUGAGGCAGCGGAGAAGCAACAAAGCGAAUGUACUCAAUCGCUGGAGGAGAAACAAGAGGAGUUGGAAGGGCUUCAAGAGAAGGCGGAGAAAGUGUCUGAAGCAUAUGAAAAAGUGAAAGAAGUGGAGGCAGAGAGACGAGAAGAACUCGAAAAGGCGAAGAAGGAAGUUCAGGAAUUGAAGAAAUCGCACGCGGAAGCAAAGUGCCUCGAAAUCGAACUGACGGGCCAAGUUGAAGCGUUCGAUCGACAGGUUACCGAUAGUAAAUCGAAGAAAAAGCACUGGAAAAAAGAGAUUGGGAAGCUGCUGAAGGCGGAGCAGGAAGAUGACCAGUUUGACUUUUCGGACGACGAGGAAGAGGAAACGGACGAUAUGGAUGAAGAGGAGGAUACCCCCGGCAAAGGAGCAGGAACUGGUGAAAGCGACGAAGAGAUGGAACCUGCAGAAGGCGAUCGGACCGAGAAAGAGGGCAAAGACAAGGAAGAUCCCGAAUCAAGGUCUUCACUUCCCGUCUUGUCAUUCUCAGCCCUGGAGAAGUACCGAACUGACUCCAUCAAAGAGGAUAUCGAACAGCUGGAGUCAGAGCGCAACUCCAUCGCCAAGAAUGCCAACAUGGGAGCUAUCGAAGAGUACAGGAAGAAGGAGGCGGACUACCUCGCCAGAGUUGGUGAGCUUAACGAAAUUACAGAAUCGAGGAAUGCCAGUCGGAAGGAAUACGAUGAAUUGCGUCGCAAGCGCCUUGAGAUGUUCAUGAAUGGCUUUGGGAAAAUCACGUUGAAACUGAAGGAGAUGUACCAGAUGAUUACUCUGGGUGGCGACGCUGAGUUGGAACUCGUGGAUUCUCUUGAUCCUUUCUCGGAAGGCAUUGUUUUCUCGGUUCGUCCGCCCAAGAAGUCGUGGAAGAAUAUCUGCAACCUCUCGGGUGGCGAGAAAACGCUUUCGUCACUGGCACUUGUGUUUGCCUUGCAUCACUACAAACCGACCCCACUAUAUGUGAUGGAUGAAAUUGAUGCGGCUUUAGACUUCAAGAACGUUUCGAUCAUUGGGAACUACAUCAAGGAGCGCACAAAGAACGCCCAGUUCAUCAUUAUCUCUUUACGCAACAAUAUGUUUGAAUUGGCGGAUCGUCUUGUCGGGAUUUACAAGACGAACAAUUGCACGAAAUCUGUUUCCAUCGAUCCCAAGGCGUUUGCCGUUGCCUGCGAGCAGAAUGGCGUUCGCACUCCCAAGAGAGUUCUUUCAGAAAAGUCCAAGAACGCAUCCGUCCAGCGUUCGACUGCGGGAACGAAGCGACAGCUUUCAUUUGCUGGGGACGAAGAAAACGAAGCAGAGAAGGCCUGAGUGGUUCCCGUACAGCAGUGGCGAACACCUAAUUGGACAUGGCAGGGACGGUCUAACUACACUUAGUAGCCCGUAUUUAUUUGU